CACGCUCACCGGAAGUCGCUUGUUUAACGGUCUACUUUCUCCGGACCCGCGUAAAGAUGUCAUCUCGAAAAGAAACCGGGUCUGGAAGAACCCUGGACUUUCCUGUCAAACAGAUCCAGAUCGACGGACUGGUGGUGCUGAAGAUCAUCAAGCAUUACCAGGAGGAAGGUCAGGGCAGUGAAGUGGUACAGGGUGUGUUGCUGGGGCUGGUGGUGGAGGACAGACUGGAGAUCACCAACUGCUUCCCCUUCCCUCAACACACUGAAGAUGAUGCUGACUUUGAUGAAGUUCAUUAUCAGAUGGAGAUGAUGAGAAGUCUGCGCCAUGUCAACAUCGAUCACCUUCACGUGGGCUGGUAUCAGUCAACCUUAUACGGCUCUUUCGUCAGUCGGGCUCUUGUGGACUCUCAGUUCAGCUACCAACACGCCAUCGAGGAGUCUGUUGUGCUUAUCUACGAUCCUGUUAAGACAUCGCAGGGUUCUCUGUGUCUGAAGGCCUACAGGCUGACCCCCAAGCUGAUGGAGAUUUGUAAAGAGAAGGACUUCUCAGCAGAAGGGCUGAAGAAGGCCAGCUUGGGGUACGAGAACAUGUUUGAAGAGGUGCCCAUUGUCACCAAGAACUCUCAUCUCAUAAACGUUUUGCUGUGGGAGCUGGAGGACAAGUCCACUGUUGCAGAAAAGCACGAGCUCCUCAACUUGUCCAGCAGUUCUCACAUGGAGAAGAGCCUGCAGAUGUUGAUGGACCGGGUGGAUGACAUGAGUCAAGACAUUGUCAAGUACAACAACUAUUGUCGCAGUCUCAGCAAACAACAGCAGCAGAAACAUCAGUACAUUCAGAGACGUCAGCAGGAGAACACUCAGAGACAGAGCCGAGGAGAACCUCAGAUUCCAGAAGAAGACCUCAGCAAGAUGUUCAAGCCCCCUCCUCAACCCCCACGAAUGGACACCCUACUCAUCGCCAGUCAGAUCAACACAUACUGCCAGACCAUCAAGGAGUUAACAUCUCAGAACCUUGGCAAGCUUUUCAUGGCCGAAGCUCUCCAGGAAUCAAGCAGUUAGACCCGAGUCAAUCGAAUAAUAUCAAUGAUAGGUCAAGAUUCAUUCGUUUCCUUAACACUUAACACUUUUGAUCCCUUAAAUGUUUACGUACAAACAAAUUGGCUUUACAAGACUGCCGUUGCUGUAUCUUAUAAAAUAAGUUGAAACUGAAAUAAGUUGUUGUUAUACAUUUAACCUUUUUUAAAUAGUAAGUUGAUAAGUAAAACCAGUCUGAAAGUACUUAAAAAAUUCAAGGAAGCAAAAUGUUUUACUGUGUAUGCAUGGCAGCAUUUGUUUAAUAUUAUGAUGAUGGAAGGUUUAUUUUAAGUCUUUAUUAUUAUUAUUAUUAUUUCUAUUUUCCCAUUAUCAUACCUUAAACAUUUUAACAAUAUAAGGAGAAGGGGGGAAAACAGAUUGUAUAAAGAUACGUUAUGUUGUUUUAUUUAACAUGUAUAAAGAUACGUUAUGUAGAUCAGAAGGGACCAAACAUUGUUUAGAUUGAGAUGUGAAUGCUGUGCAAAAAGGAAUGUUAGAAAUUUGAUAAUAAAUUGGAUCUUUGUCACCGUC